AAAUUGCAACUGGAAAGCAUCGCUUUGGAUAGGCCGCGUUGGGCGCUGGAAUUCAUCGCCGGGUAUGGCAUCGUUGGCCGUGGCAUCAUGUCGGCCCCCGCUCUCUGCCACCAACAAGGAGGAGCGCUGGAGUCCCUUUGCAGACGUGCUCCGCCGUGAUCGGAAAUUCAUUAGCGAGCGCCUUAAAUCGGCCGCGGCGCCCUUUGCCCCACUUCGUGAUCGACUCUCCAAGUCACUCGGGGACCUCUUCUGGUUGCGUAACCUCGAAGAUCCCCUCACUCUCCGUACAAUGCGUCCUCCAUCCUCCUGGCCUAAGCUCUCAUACACUCCCGGAUUAUCCGGUAUGGAUUUGUUGAUGGCUGACCUUGGAGCUCUGAGGGUGUAUGCUGAUUAUUUGCAUUAUGUGUCUAAAAUUUGGUCCAUGCCUCUACCCGAGCAGUAUGAUCCCCAUCAAGUCGCGGACUACUUCAGUUGCCGCCCUCAUGUCAUAACUUUCCGAAUUCUCGAGAUCUUUUCUUCGGUUGUUCUUGCUGCCAUAAAAUUGUACUCCUUGCGAAGUUCCAAAUUCUACAAGAACAGCAUUGAAAAGAAUGGAAGCCUUGAUAACUCAAACCACUACAUUGGACUGCUUUUAAAAGAAACAAUUCUCAAUCUCGGUCCAACUUUUAUCAAAGUUGGGCAGUCUAUUUCUACAAGACCUGACAUUAUUGGUCCUGAGAUUUCCAAGGCGCUAUCUGAACUACAUGAUAAAGUGCCUCCUUUUCCAAGGGAAGUUGCAAUGAAGAUUAUUGAAGAAGAAAUGGGUUGCCCUAUAGGUAAUAUAUUUAGCUACAUUUCUGAGGAGCCUGUGGCUGCUGCUUCAUUUGGCCAGGUUUAUCAAGGCCGUACAGUUGAUGGCUCUAUUGUAGCUGUGAAAGUCCAGCGUCCAGACUUGCUUCCUGUGGUUCUACGAGAUGUCUAUAUUCUUCGUCUUGGGCUUGCUGUUUUAAGGAAAGUUGCAAAAAGGAAGAGUGACAUUUGUCUCUAUGCGGAUGAGCUUGGCAAAGGUUUUGUUGGUGAACUGGAUUAUACAUUAGAAGCUGCAAAUGCCUCUAAAUUCCUGGAAGCGCAUUCUCAAUACUCUUUUAUAUCAGUGCCUAAAAUUUUUGGAAAUUUAACCAAGACGAGGGUCUUGACCAUGGAGUGGAUGAUAGGUGAAAAUCCAACUGAAUUACUUUUGCUAUCCAGUGGGUCUGCUCAAGGAAAAAUUGUUCAGUCGAAGGGGCAGGCAACUGAGGCAAAAGCUCGCCUUCUUGAUUUGGUAAAUAAAGGAGUGGAAGCGUCACUUGUUCAACUCCUUGAAACAGGUCUACUACAUGCUGAUCCCCAUCCUGGGAACUUGCGAUAUACUUCUAAUGGAUGCAUUGGGUUUCUUGAUUUCGGUUUGCUUUGCCGGAUGGAGAAGAAACAUCAGCUUGCGAUGCUUGCUUCCAUAGUGCAUAUAGUAAAUGGUGACUGGGGUGCACUUGUUUAUGAUUUGGUGGAAAUGGAUGUUGUACGGCCAGGAGUUAAUUUCCGUAGAGUGACCAUGGAUUUGGAAGAGGCGCUAGGUGAGGUAGCAUUUAAAGAUGGCAUCCCUGACAUCAAGUUCAGUAAGGUUCUUGGUAAAAUAUGGUCUGUAGCGCUGAAGUACCACUUCCGUAUGCCACCAUAUUAUACACUUGUCUUGCGCUCUUUGGCUUCCUUGGAAGGGUUGGCGUUGGCAGCAGAUCACAAUUUUAAGACAUUUCAAGCCGCAUAUCCCUAUGUUAUUCGGAAACUUCUUCAUGAUAACUCAGCCAAUUCAAGGAGAAUUUUAUAUUCGGUUGUCUUCAAUAAAAAAAGGGAAUUUCAGUGGCAGAAGAUUAUGUUGUUCUUGAGAAUAGGUUUGACAAGGGAAGGGAAGAGUGGGUUCAGCCACUUUCACGGAGAGAAGUCUCGUAGAUAUGAAAAGAGGUACUUUCGAAGUUGCAAACCUGAUAUUGAAGCUCUUGUCAACCAAGGAUGGGGUUGUUCUCAGAAGACUUCUAAUGUCUGCGGAUCCUGCUUCUUUAGUUCGGUCAAUGGCUUCUAAAGAUGCAGCCUACUUCCGUCAGCAUGUGAGUUGGACUCUCGCUGAUGUGAUGUUCAAGUGGAUGACUGAAAUGAGAGCAUCAACCAAAAGUCGGCACGGUGUCACUUCAGUGAAAAUGCAACAGCAGCAGGGGAUGGAAAU